AUGGCGUCCUCUAGUAGCGCGGUCGCGACGACGCUGUCGUCGCGGUCGCUGGCGGCGACGAAUUCGCUCUCGGGCUCGACGACGGCGAGACUCCGAACCCGAAUCCCGCGCGGCGCGCCCCUGGUCACGCGCGCGGGCAAGGGCAAGGGCAAGCGGUACCGGAACGAGGUGAAAGACCCGUACGCGGCGAAGGAGACGCGCGCGAAGCCGUCCGCGGACGACGGCCCGCUGAACGCGGUGUUCGCGCCGGGGGACGACACCGAGGAAUACUUUCUGUUCGUCCGUAAAGUGCGAAAGGGGUCCGCCGCGGCGUCCCCCGCGGCGUCCCCCGCGUCGACCGCCGCCGCCGCCGCCGCCGUCGACGUCGGCCUCAGCAUGCGCGGCCCGAACGCCCCGGGACCGGGGACCGGCGGCGCGGACGAAACCAACGAGCGAUGGCUCCCGCUCGGCGACAUCGUCAUCUCCGCGGGGGGCGAUUUGGAUCUCGCCGUAGCGGAGCGCCGCGCCGUCCUUCUCGCGUUCGCGAAGCGGAAACACCUGAAGAUGCUCCCGAUCGCAUCCGACGAGGAGGUCCAGUUCGGCGCGCGGACGCAGCGCGGGCCGAAGCGCGCGGGCGCGACGGACCCGAGCGAGACGUUCCCGGUCGCGACGGGCGCAGCGCACGCGGCGUUGGAGUGGGACGAGGAGACGCGCGGCGAAUUUGGCGCGCCGUCGGCGCGCGCGGAGCUGCGGCUGAUGAGCGCGCUGCCGACCAUCUCGACCCAGAAGAAGAACGAGAUGCUCGCGGGGAGCAUGUCGAUGAUCAAGGCGCAACAGGAGAAGAUGAACGCCGAGAUGCAGCGAUCGAAGAAGGCGUAG